AAUUUUAUAGAUAAUAUAAAAGUAUAAACAGAAACAAUUGGAGUGGUGGCUCUUGGUAAGUUUGUGUUCCAGCUUAUUGCUUGAGGUUGAGGGAGAGAGAGAGAGAGUAUCAGAGACACAGAGAGAAUGAUGGCAGCAGACCUUAGAGUUGGAACAUUUUCUUCCUCGUACUCUCUUUUCCCUUCUCCUCCUCGUCUCCUGCCUAUCAAACUCAAGAGCUACUCUAAAGGAUCCACACCAUCUACAACGGCAUCUAUGAGUGAGGACCCAAUUACAAAAUGGAUAACCCAGGAAGGAAAGGCAACAAAGAUUACUAGAAUUUCUCCUGUUGGUGGUGGUUGCAUCAAUUUUGCAUAUCGAUAUGACACCGAUGCUGGCUCCUUCUUUGUAAAGACAAACAGGAGGAUAGGAGUAUCGAUGUUUGAAGGAGAAGCUCUUGGUUUAACUGCCAUGUAUGACACCAAAUCAGUUCGUGUGCCCAAACUGCUAAAGGUAGGAUCAUUACCUUCGGGAGGUUCCUUCAUUAUUAUGGAGUAUAUUGAGUUUGGUUCAUCUAGAGGUGAUCAGUCAGUUUUAGGGAAGAAACUAGCAGAAAUGCAUAAGGCGGGGAAGUCCAACAAAGGCUUUGGUUUUGACGUCGAUAAUACUAUUGGCAGUACACCACAAAUUAAUACAUGGACAUCAGACUGGGUUGAUUUUUUCGCGGAACAUAGAUUGGGUUAUCAGUUACAGUUAGCACGGGAAGAGCAUGGUGAUUCCGCCAUUUAUGAAAAAGGUCAAAGACUGGUCAAGAGUAUGGGACGCCUUUUUGAGAAUGUUACAAUUGAACCAUGCUUGCUACAUGGAGACCUAUGGAGUGGGAAUAUCAGCUCUGAUAAGAAUGGUGAACCUGUUAUAUUGGAUCCUGCAUGUUACUAUGGUCAUAAUGAAGCAGAAUUUGGAAUGUCAUGGUGUGCUGGAUUUGGUGGACCAUUUUACAGCUCAUAUUUUGAGGUGAUGCCCAAACAACAAGGAUUUGAGAGAAGGAGGGAUCUUUACAUGUUGUAUCAUUACUUGAACCACUAUAAUUUAUUUGGUUCGGGUUACAGAUCAUCUGCCAUGUCUAUAAUAGAUGAUUAUAUUAGAAUGUUAAAUGCAUAGUUUCUCAUAAGCCGGCAUAUAGUUAGGAUGAACGAGUUUGUGGUUGUAAAUCGACCUUAUGCAGUGUGCAAGCUAUUCUGUAUUGUCUGUUUUUUUCUUUUAUUUUUUUGAUCACAGUUUUGUAUUGUUGAUUAUCUGCAAAUUUUAGCUAUUACUAUUGUUGAUUAUCUGCAAA